AUGGACGCCGUCGGACGCUUCUUCUCGUCCCCCCGCUUCGCCGUCGCCGGAGCCAGUAAUGACGCACAUAAGUUUGGCUUCAAGAUUUUGGCCUGGUAUCAUCAGCACUCUCUACCGGUGACUCCUCUGAAUCCUAGAACGCCUGAGAUCCAGCUGUCGUCUGCACAUUCCUACGAUACGGUCGCAUCGCCUCGACUCCUCGCCUCCCCCUCCCAGACGUCACUAUCAGUGGUGACUCCUCCCGCAGUCACCCUUCCUCUUCUCCAGGAGGCUCAUUCUGUGGGAGUUCCUGCCGUCUGGUUGCAACCAGGGACCUUUGACGAUGCGGUGCUAGACUAUGCGCGGUCGCACUUCGAAGCGGUAAUCGCCGGGGAUGGAGGCAGCGGGUCAGAGGGUUGGUGCGUAAUGCCGACCUCCUCUUCUUCUUUCCUCCUCGAUUCCCCCAUCCCUCCUCAUCUCGAUCUUGUCGGCGCUCCCUCUCGUCUCUUCCAGGUCCCUCCCACCCCGUCAGCCUCGUCGGCUUUGUACCGCUCGAUCUCCAUCUCUCAGCAUCGCAAGAGGUCCUACCCAGAGCCGGAGUAUAAUAGAUUUAGGCUCAUCCACACCCUCCAUCGCUCUCCUGAUGACCUCUUCUCCUCCGACCUAGAUGACCGGGAGGAUGACCGUCACGAAGACAUCGACUAUCUCCGUCCCAGUCGCUAUCGAGAGCUUCCGCAUCCGUCUCUCGAUGCGAGUCUGACAGACUCUGGCGGAGAACCCGAUGCCAUCCGUCGCAAGCGCUGUCGUCGGGAAGAUCCUUCCCUCGUGGUCGCUGCCUCCCCAUUAUCCGGCGUGGAUGAGAAGGUUCCCGCGGACCAGAGGCUGACGGCAGCUGGGCCUCUGCGAUGGAGUCGUGCCGUGCUCAACGUUGUCGGGAAAGUCUGGGAUUUCUGCUGGUCGGGUCCCUUCCGCGGUUUCUACGCUGGUGGAGGACGAGGCUACUCUCUCGACCCUCCUCAACCUCCUCCAGACCCCUAUCACCAGUCACCGCAAACUCGUCGAGGGUCAUCGCCAUCGACAUUCCAUCCCUCUGCGGAGAAGGAGGCGGUAUCUGUGCCAGGGGAAUACCCUCGCGAUGAGGAGGAAGAUCUUCACACAAGCUGGGUUGUGGUGUCGCCCCGCGAGGGGGCGACUACCGCCUCCAGCCCCUGCGGUCGCCCUCGAGCGCGACGAAGCGCCGGCCCUCGAGGCCGAGUUGUGCAUCGUCGAACCCCUUCCAAGCGAGCGCUCGUGCCACAUUCUCCGUCGACCUUCUCGUCGCCCGCCAAGCCACAAGAGAGUCCUGUAUCGGCAGAAACACAACGCUACCUCGCGCAGAAACGGCGCAUGGAACGUGAAGAGGAUGCUAGCCUCCGACGGUUGAAUCGACAGCUUCAAGCCAUGAUCCAAGAGGGGAAGCAAGCGCUUGGAACGCGCGUGGAGGUAGAUGAUGUCGACAUGGAAGACUGA